CAUGGGGUGUCCUCUGGGCUCCGAUGGGCUCCGGCGCGCCCUCCCGAGGCUCGGGGGAAAUGGCGGCCGCGGUUCCUCAGCACCGCCCAGGGGCGGAGCUCGCUCCUUUGCGCGCCAAGCGGGGACAGCGGCUCCCGCCAGGCAGCCAUGGCCGCCCCUGUCGUCCCUGGGUACUCGCCCGGCUUCAAGAAGCCGCCAGCGAUGCUGCGGCUGAAGCGAAAAAGGCUGCGGAGGAGCGAACCCGCUGCCGCCGCUCCCCCGCCCUGCUGCGCGGCCCCGCGGGCCGCCUCCGCUCCCGCCCGCCGCAACCCCUUCUCCAGCCUGGACAACGCGCCGCGGGCCGCCGGCACCCCCCAGCCGCGGGAGCGGCCACCGCCCCACGGGUCCCCCUCGGCAGCGCCCUUCUGGCAGCUUUUAGAGCCUGUUUGUGAAGACAAGCCCGCCAGGAGAGCAGAGCCCUCUGGAAGAACCGACCUCCUCGCCUUAACCGAUGACCUCCAUUUACCUGUUGCUGUACCCGAAGUUCCCUCUUCACCAAGACAUGAAUUUCCUGCAGACUGGAGUAUUAAAACACGGCUUCUAUUUAUGUCUUCCCAACCGUUUACCUGGGCAGAGCAUUUAAAAGCACAAGAGGAAGCUCAAGGGUUUGCUCAGCAUUGUAGAGCUACAGAAACAAAUUUGCCACAGAGCAUCCAGGAACCAAAACUGUCCACAGAACUGCGUUGUGCCUUUCAGCAAAGCCUCGUUUACUGGCUUCACCCUUCAGUGCCGUGGCUGCAGCUCUUCCCUCGGAUUGGCGCAGACAGAAGAAUAGCUGGGAAGGCCAGUCCUUGGUCACAGGACGAAGCCUUGCAACAAGUGCUAAUGAGUGACUGGUCUGUCAGCUUUACUUCCCUCUACAAUCUGCUCAAAGCCAAACUGUGUCCUUACUUCUAUGUAUGUACCUACCAGUUUACUGUCCUGUUCCGUGCAGCUGGUUUUGCGGGAAGUGAUGUUAUCACAGCGGUAAUUUCUCCCACUACUCGAGGUUUAAGGGAAGCCAUGAGAAAUGAAGGCAUAGAGUUUUCUUUACCUUUGGUAGAAGAAGGUAGAACCAGAAAACAGAAAAACUCUGAAGUGAAUUCGGAAACUGAGGUUGCUAACAGCCUUGAAGUAGAAAGCAGCGGGGAAGAUGGAGAGGAACUGGAUCCAAGUGAUGAUGAGCAUGAAAGUUUCUCUUGGCUUGAGGAGAUGGGAGUCCAAGACAAGGUUAAGAAACCAGAUACUAUUUCUAUUAAACUUCGUAAGGAGAAGCAAGAGGUGCAGGUGGAUCACAGACCUGAAUCCCUUGCAUUAGUGAAAGGAACAAACACGUUCACUUUGCUGAACUUCUUGAUAAACUGUAAGAGCCUGGUGGCUGCUGCAGGUCCACAAGCAGGGCUUCCACCAACUUUGCUGUCCCCUGUUGCUUUCCGAGGUGGAACAAUGCAAACGCUCAAAGCUCGAAGUAUAAAUGCCAAAGCCCGAGUUCACUUGGCGUAUGAGGAGAUAUUCAGUCUGGAGAUCGUAGGCCCUGUCAUGCCUCAUGCUCUGCAUUCACUGACCAUGCUGCUCAAAUCUGCGCAGAGGGGAGCGUUCUCCGCUGUAUUAUACACCCACGAGCCAACUGCUGUGUUUAACACUCACCUUGAUGACACAAGCCCUGCCUUAAAUAAGGAAACUGUAUGCAAAGAUCUUCCUGCGUGUGGAUUGCACCCAAAGACUUUGGAUCAACUGACUCAGUGUCCAACACUGGGAAAAUCUUCCAUCCGAUUUCUGGAACUGAAAGAUUAUGGCUACAGCUGGAAGUCCUAGGUAUGCUGGUUCCAUCGGGUGGAAAAGAAUGCUCUCUGGUGUGCUGCCACUGUAUGUCAUUCUGGUCUGCACAGGCAACCCCUACACGGUACCAGGAGGGAUACAAUCUAGAUGAACAUCACAGACGAUAACUAUUGCACAUCACCCAUCAUAAAACACUUCAGAGAACUUCUGAAUGCAAUUAAGGAAAAGGCCUUCAACAUCUCCUUUUCUGUUUUGGAAAGCUUUUUUUUU